AUGAAAUUGGCAGAAAACUUGGCCAGUCUUGUAGAGGAGUCUUCUCAUAUGGAUGAGAGAAGACCCAAGAGCCGAAUGGAGCUCAAGAGGUCUCUUGAAUUGCGCAUAAAGAAGAGGGUGAAGGAACAAUACAUCAAUGGGAAGUUUCGAAACCUAAUGGCAAAAGUCAUUUCCAAUCCAGAAACUCUUCAGGAUGCUUAUGAUUGUAUUAGACUCAACUCAAAUAUUAACAUAGCAUUCAAUGAUGAUAAUACCUCUUUUGAUUCUAUUGCUAAAGAGCUGUGUUGUGGGAGUUUUGAUGUUAAUGCCAAUACCUUCUCUAUCUCAAAAAAGGGUGCAAGGGAAGAAGUUUUGGUACUUCCCAAUAUAAAUCUGAGGGUCAUUCAGGAAGCAAUCAGAAUUGUUUUGGAAGUUGUUUACAAACCCGAUUUCUCUAAGAUUUCACAUGGUUAUCGAAGUGGGAGGGGGCAUUCUACAGCUCUGAAGUACAUCAGCAAGGAGAUUUCUAAUCCUGAUUGGUGGUUUACAUUGCUCAUAAAUAAAAAGCUUGAUGCUUGUAUACUUGGUAAACUUAUAACCGUGAUGGAGGAUAAAGUAGAAGACCCUAGCCUCUAUGCUAUGAUCCAAAGCAUGUUUAAUGCCAAUGUGCUCAACGUGGAGUUUGGUGGUUUCCCAAAAGGUCAUGGCCUUCCACAGGAGGGCGUAUUGUCUCCUAUAUUAAUGAAUAUUUAUCUCAACCAAUUUGACCAUGAAUUUUACAGAUUGUCAAUGAAAUAUGAAGCUCUCAGUCCAAGCUUACAUUCUGAUCAAAAGUCCCAGUCUAAGCUGCGCAGCUGGUUUAGGAGACACCUGAAAGUGGCUGGUUCUAAGGAUGCUGCUCUUGAUUUCAAAUCUGAGGUUCUAAAUUACUUGCAGAAGUCUUUGCACUUGGAUGUGGAUGAUCGAGCAGAGUUAUUGUCAUGUCAAAUGCCGCAUGGGGUCCGCUUUUUGGGCACUUUAGUUAGAAGAAAUGUAAGAGAAAGUCCUGCUACAAGAGCAGUCCACAAGUUGAAGGAAAAAGUUGCUUUAUUUGGUUUACAAAAAGAAGAGGCCUGGAAUGCUGGGACGGUUAGUAUAGGAAAGAAAUGGUUGGGUCAUGGUCUGAAGAAGGUAAAGGAGUCGGAGAUUAAGCAUUUAGCUGACUGUAGGUCUGUUUUGAGCCAAAUUUCCCAUUUCCGUAAAUCUGGUAUGGAAACUGAUCAUUGGUACAAGCACUUGCUGAAGAUAUGGAUGGAAGAUGUCAAAGCCAAAGCAGCAGAGAGUGAGGAUGCUAUCCUGUCCAAGUAUGUUGCAGAGCCAGCUCUACCCGAAGAACUAAGAAACUCCUUUUAUGAAUUUCAGAGACAGGUGAAAACGUAUGUUUCUUCUGAG